GAAGGAACCAAGCGCUUUGACGAAGGAACCCAGAAGCUUUUUCGGCAGUUCCCCGGUCGGAGCUGCAUUCUGGUGGCUCAUGAAGGCCGUUUGGUUUACGAGCGGUACUUCUACGGCACCAACCCGGAUGCACUGCUGGAGACAGACAGCGCUUCGAAGACCAUCACUGCCCUGCUCAUUGGAAUUUUGGUAACACAAGGAAAAAUCGACUUGGACUUGCCGCUCGCGGAGUAUAAUGUCACUCCGCACGCGAACUGGGGCGAGAACAACAAGUUUUGGCCCAAGGUCACGACGCGGCACCUGCUGACCCACACCUCCGGCCAGGGGAGCAAUCCUCCAGGUACGGUCUUCAUCUAUGACAGUGGGGAGUACAUCCAGCAUCUCAGUCAUCUUAUCGAAGCGGUCACACUGCAGACCCCUGUCGACUGGGCGGAGGAGGCCUUUUCGAAGCCCUUGGGCCUUACCGGCUUAUUCCGGAGUGACAACAUGUACGGCCAAAUUGCGGUGGCCGGAAAUCAGCAUCUUUCUUGCAGGGGCUUUGCGCGCAUUGCGCAGCUCCUUCUCAACAAAGGA